AUGAAAGAAGAAUUGAAUAAUAGUAAUUUAGAAAAUAAAGAUGAAAUUAUAAAGUUAAAAAGAGAAAAAUUGAAACCAAUUCAAGUUAGAAGAAGUAUAAAAGACAUUUUAAUUGAUAAAAACCCUUGUGAUUAUAUUUAUAAUUAUACUGGGAAAAAUAUAAGUGUAUUUGAAGAAGAAUUAUUAAAAAAUAAUAAUAAUAUAAAAGAAGCUUUUGGAGAAAUUAAAAAUAAUAAAAAUAAUUUAGAAGGAGAAGUAAUAAAUUCUAUAUCAAUAGAUGAUCAUGAAAAAAGAUUGCUGGAAGAAUUAAAUGAAUUGCUAAAUAAAAAAGAUUUGAGCAGUGAAAUUAAAAAUAAUAUAAAAUCUCUUUUUAUUGAAGUUCAGGAAUUCUAUUUAGAAAUAAAAAAUGACUUAAAGACUAAUUAUCCAUCGACUAAAGAUCUAUUAAAAUUAUAUUCAACAAAUGAUUGUAGUGAUAAAAAUAAAAAUAUAAUAUGGAGAAGCUUUUGUUUUUAUAAAUUAUUAAGUGAUCAAUUAAAUGAUUUGCAUAUAUCUACUAUUUCUUCUUAUAGAUUACAAUGUUUAAGAACAAUUUACAAAUGGUAUAAUAAAAAUAAAAGAAUUUUAUUUAAUUAUCAAAGCAAUAAAAAAAAGAUUAAUUUUCUUGAUGAAAAGAUUAUCACAAAUAAUACUUUAAAUGAAAAUUCUGAUGAUAUAUGUUAUUCAAUUAAGGAAGAAAAGACAACAUUACAAAGAAAUAGUAAUGAUUUAAUAGGAAACCACGAAAAUAACAAAGAAAAAAAAGAAGAUAUUAAAGAAAAUAAAAUCAUUAACCAAGAAGAGGAUAUAAAAAAUAAUGAAGAAAAUGAUAACAAAAUAAAAGAAAGCGAUAGUAUAAUCACAAAUGAGUAUAAAAGAGAAUUAUCAGAAGAUUUUGGUAAAUCGUUGAAAGAGCAUAUACAUGUAAUAAAUGAGAAAAAUGAAGAAAAUAAAGAUAUAGAAUUACAUAAAAAAAAUGAAGUUACAGAUAAUGAAUCAAAUGAAAUUUUACAUAAUUAUUUAUUUCCAAAUUAUACUUUAAUUAACACAGUAGAACAAGAACAAAAAGAAGAGAAUAACUUAAAAAAUAAUAUGAAUAUUGAAAAAAAUGAAGAAAAAAGAGAAGAAAAUAAUGAACAUAACAAAAAAGAAGAAAAAGAAAAUGAAUAUGAAAAAGGUGAAUACACAAAUUUAGAAAAGUUAAAAAGUGAUAAAUAUGACUUUAAUUCAACACUUUUAGAAGAUGGAAAAGACGAUUUUUUUCAUAUACCAAUAGAUACAAAAAAAAUUAAAGAACUAGAAGAAGAAAUUAAAAAACAAAAAUUAUUAAUUAAAAAAAAAGAAAUAGAAAUUAUUAAUUCUCCAAUAGGAAUAAAAUUUAAAGAUAUUUUUGGAAACUUUCAAGAUAUUGAUAUUAAUAACUAA